GCGGUGAUGCAAACAAGCUUGCUGAAAAAUACGGGGAUCCUCAUGGGGCUGUAUUUGUAAAAAAAAGAAAAAACAAAACAAACAAAAAACAAAACAAAAAACGCCCGACUUUCUGCAUUCACGAUGAGGGGGGUUUUCGGUGCUGCUAUCGCAGUUUGUGAAAGCUAACGGAUAUUUUGACGGAUGGUGGCUCCGAGGAGAAGCUGCGAGGCUGGGGGAGUAUGGGCAUCAGCUGAAUCGAUAGAGGGGAGUUAGCAAGCUAGCAUUUGUUGACCAGCUUAGUGACAUUUUCCUGAAAACACUCCCUGCUCUGACUCGGUCAUCAUGGCCACGAUCGGUAACAACCCGUCCCCGGGGAUGGGAGAGAUCAUCCAGUUGAAUGUCGGUGGGACAAGGUUCAGCACAUCCAGACAGACUCUGACAUGGAUCCCAGACUCUUUCUUCUCAAGUUUACUGAGUGGGAGGAUAUCCACUCUGCGGGAUGAAACUGGAGCUAUAUUUAUUGACAGAGACCCUACGGCCUUUGCACCAAUUCUCAACUUUCUCCGAACCAAAGAACUGGACCUGCGAGGCGUCAAUAUCAGCGUACUGCGACACGAAGCGGAGUUUUAUGGAAUCACUCCUUUAGUGCGGCGACUGCUGCUGUGCGAAGAACUGGAUCGAUCGUCAUGUGGUAGCGUUCUCUUCCAUGGUUACCUGCCUCCCCCAGCUGUUCCUCCUCGUAAGCCAGCUUCUGAUGAGCGACCAGGUCCGAGUGGAGCGGAGGGCUUCACUCGCGUUGUUCCCCUUCCUCAUCCUUCUUUGUCUGCAACAGAUGACGUCGAGAAACUGGACUCCAUGGUGGACCCCAGGAAAGUGGUUAUUAUAGCAGGACACCACAAUUGGAUUGUCGCAGCUUAUGCACACUUUGUCAUCUGCUACAGGAUAAAGGAGUCUUCAGGAUGGCAGCAGGUGUUUUCCUCUCCCUACCUUGAUUGGACCAUUGAGCGUGUAGCACUUAAUGCUAAAGUGGUGGGAGGUCCACAUGGAGACAAGGACAAGAUGGUGGCUGCCGCCUCUGGAAGCAGGAUUAUCCUCUGGAGCAUCCAAGAUGGAGGCAGUGGAAAUGAAAUAGGUAUAUUCAGUCUUGGUGUUCCUGUUGACGACCUUUUCUUUAUUGGGAGCCAGCUGGUGGCAACAAGCCACACAGGAAAGGUUGGGGUGUGGAACGCCGUAACACAACACUGGCAGGUUCAAGAUGUAGUUCCCAUCACCAGCUGUGACACAGCAGGGUCCUUCCUUCUACUGGGCUGCACCAAUGGCUCAAUCUAUUAUAUAGACAUGCAAAAGUUUCCUCUGAGGAUGAAGGACAAUGAUCUCUUGGUAACCGAGCUUUAUCACGACCCUUCAAACGAUGCCAUUACUGCACUGUCCGUGUACCUCAUGCCUAAAACCAGUGUGAGUGGGAACUGGAUAGAGAUAGCCUACGGGACGAGCAGUGGUGCAGUGAGAGUGAUCGUGCAGCACCCAGAGACAGUGGGAUCAGGGCCUCAGCUCUUUCAGACAUUCACUGUGCACAGAAGCCCAGUGACAAAGAUCAUGUUAUCUGAGAAACAUCUGGUAUCAGUGUGUGCGGACAACAACCAUGUUCGAACGUGGACGGUGACACGGUUCAGAGGGAUGAUCUCCACACAGCCAGGCUCCACCCCUUUGGCCUCCUUUAAGAUCCUUUCCCUGGAAGAGACGGAGAGCCAUGGAAGCUACUGCUCUGGGAAUGAUAUAGGCCCGUUUGGAGAGAGAGAUGAUCAACAGGUUUUCAUCCAGAAGGUCAUCCCCAUCACCAACAAACUCUUUGUAAGGCUCUCUUCAACUGGAAAACGGAUCUGUGAGGUGCAGUCAGUGGAUGGAACCACUAUCACUUGCUUCAUGGUUAGAGAGUGCGAAGGUUCCAGCCGGAUGGGCUCCCGACCACGGCGCUAUCUGUUCACCGGUCAUGGAAAUGGGAGUAUUCAAAUGUGGGACCUUACCACUGCAAUGGACACAGUUAACAAAGGAGAAGAGAGGAAAAAAGAUGCAGAUGUAGGUGGCCCAACAGAGGAGGAGCUGCUCCAGCUGCUGGACCAGUGCGACCUAAGUACCUCUCGCUGUGCAACUCCUAAUAUAAGCCCCGCCCCCUCAGUGAUGCACCACACGCGCCUCAGAGAGUCCAUGUCAAGUCUGCAGCUACAGGCCCAGGAACCGAUUCCUGAAAGCCAGGCAACCUAUGGAGCUGUACGGCCCUACAGAGAGAGCCCCCUGCUGGCACGCGCUCGUCGAACCGAAUCCUUUAACAGCUACAGAGAUUUCCAAAACUUUAGCCUGAGUCAGACUUCCAACGCUGGACCCAGCCAGACCGCCGAUGCCAGGCGUUCCCUGUCCAACUUUGGAUCCGAGGACAGUGAAAGGAGCACCUCUGUUCUGGAGCUCUGGGCUCCUCGAAACCCUGGGAACAUCCCCCUGACUAAAACAGAAUCGAGUCAAGAAUCAGCACAGCAGCCCCCAGACAGCCCAGUCCCAGGGGUGGACAUGAGGCAAAAGGUGCACCCUCAGCCAGAGGAAGGAGAUGGUGUUGGAUCAGGGGGAGAAGGAGUGAAGGUCGAUGGUGCUGUGAGGAAAAGGGGAGUACUGGAGGGGGGCUUUCUAGGGCGGAAAAGGGCACCUCCAAUUCCAUAUCUCUCAUCAGGAUCUGAAGGAGGUGGCAGUGACUCAUCAGCAAACGCCUCGCCUUCGCCCACCAAACUAUCGUCAUCCACCUCUCCGCGACAGAGGAAGCCGUCGGCUGAUCCCUCCAGCCAUGACAGCAUCCUGUAAAAGAAGCAGCUUUUUUUUUUUUUUACAGAUUACAGGUUCACCUUUAGGUGAGUGUAGGAGGUCAAUGCUUAACAUCAACGCUAAAGAAGAACACACAAUCAGAUGUAAGAAAAUCACUUUUUUAUUUACAGAUGUGGCUCAUUAAGAAGCUACAAUUUUCCAGCACAAACAGCAUAACAUCUGAGGAAGAAUGCAUUUCAGUAGUGUUCUUUACCUAGAUCUGCGGUAUAACUGGAGUUUUUUUCUGCCUCAGGCUCCUUUUUGUGUUUUAAGUCAGUUGAUAAUUUCUACAAUGUUAGAUUUCAGUUCUAUUCUCUCUUCUUGUAAGAGCGUUGAUCUCAAAAAAUAGUUUUAGGUGCAAACUGAAGCGCACAGUCACAGAUACAGUAGGCCUAGUACAGGAAGAGGGAAGCAAGACUACACAGUGUUAGAAACAGAGAGUUAGAAUAAAACAUAGUUUGGAUUGUAGAUGGCUAGGAAAUAAAAUUUAAAAAGGCAUUAGAUUCAAUAUAGUAAAAAUACCUGAAAAGAAACUAAAAAUGUCCUUUCAAAAUCCUGAUCUAUAGUAAAUUAAAUGUAUAGAAAUGUUUUUUUUAAUCCAAAAAGCUUGCGCUAGUUUGCCCUGUCUCACAAUAAUUACAAUAAUAAGGCUUAUAAAGCUAUGGAGCAGUGGAUGUUCAUGCGACUUACCCUCAGAAUGUCGGCAGCUACUUGAAUCCCAGAAUAUUUUACAUUCAGCAACAGUUGAGGGGCAGCAGUUAGAUUGUGCAGGUCGGGUUUGCAAUACAAGCUUAGCUGCUCGUUGUGUCAUGCAACAGCGAAGCAAAGAAACAGAAAAGAAACUUAGACUCAGAUGAAGGUUUUGAAAAAUGAUCAUGAUUUUAUAUGUGGAAUAUACUUGGAACUAGAACGUUUUUGGUCAUUCAUGUAACUUGACUUUAUGUAAACAUUAGGACAAAUGAAAAGUGCAUUUUAAUGCAGAAAUUCCAGUUUAGUGACACAGUGGCUUGCAAAAGUAUUCUUCAGGUUUUUCCACAUAUACUUCAAUGUAGUUGAUUUUCAUAUUUUGUGUGAAAUAGCCACACAAUGAAAACCCAUUUUCCUCUGAUACCAUUACUUUAAAGUUAUUUGGACUUUUAGAAUUCAAAUAAUUAUCACAUAGAGUCCACACGUAUUUCCUCUCAGUAUAAAUGCAACUGUUAGCACACAGCAUAAUAAGGAACAAGGACCUCACCAGACAGCUCAGCGAUACAGCAGGAGUUAAUUUAACAACAGGAUUAGGAAUUAGGUUAUAAACCAAUAAUUCAAGUUUUGGACAUCUCAGACAACUUUUCAUCCUAUAUCUGAAAAUGUAUUGCAAAACCAUAACGCCACCAAGACAUUGGAGGCCAGGAUAGUAGAAUAUAGCCCCAUUUGCACUACCCUUUUGAAACCGUGCCGAGAUCGGUCCGAGCACGAUAACCGAGAUAACUGUUGAGUGUAAAUGGCACGCAAAACUGAGCCGGACCGUGCCAGACACAACCGUACCGCGCUAAACUGGUAGUAGUUCAUCAGUAGGGCUCGGCCUGGUUCAGUUCUGGCUCAGUUCUCAGAUAACAAAGAGUGCAUGAGCAGACUUUGCUCAGAUCUCCUUACAGUCAGCCGCCACAAUCAUGAAAAUUAAGACAUUUAAAAAAAUACUAUUACUUAGCAGUGUGAUGAACCUCAACCUCAGUUGUUGUUUCCUGCAUCUGUAAGCCCCGAUUAGACGUUUGUCGUAUCCACUUCCCAAAAGCCAACUCUGUCAAGUAAUUUCACCAAACGCUGCCUUCUUCGCCUGACUCUCUGCAAACAAUGAAAUAUUACAAUGAUAACCAAACUUCCUGAAUGUUACAGGCGCCGCCAUGUUGAUUUGCUUGUUUCCCUCUAGAGAGCAGUAGUACCUUAGAUCGUCAAUAGGAGGCAAUGAACCAUGCUAGCUUGUUGUGUAAACGGUCAUAAGGAACCGAGCUCGGCGCGGUUAACUCAUCCAAGCUGUGAGGUUGCGUGUAAAUGAGGCUUAUGAAUCAAAGUGGAGGCCAAGGGGCUUUAGGCUAGGUGCAGAGGUUCGCCUGUUAGUCAGGACAAUCCAUUUCUAGGCUAGCGCUAUUAUUAUUAUUAUUUAAACAGUGAUUGGAAGACAAAACAAGCAUUUGAAAGAGGGAACUCGCUUCAGAGUAAAUUCUAAUUUAUAUUUUUGGCCUACAUGCAAAACACUACGUAUUACAGAAUACAAAAGCUGGAUAUAACACACCGUCAUCACUGUGAAACAAAGUUGGGGCAUCAUGGUUCUGCCAGAUGCUUUUUUUUUAGCAGGCACAGAAAACUUGGUCAGUUAAACUACAGGACAAGAGAAUGACAUGAAGGUUGAACUUCAACCAGCAGGACACUAAACAUACAACCAUAGCUCUAUUUAAACCAUCCACAACAAACCAGUAAGAGACUCUUAAAAAAUUAGGAUUAUAUUUUUGUUUUUACUUGUAAUGUGACCAAAUAUGAAUAAGAUCAUGGAUAACAAGAAUACUUUUGCAAGGUACUGUUUAUUUGAAAGCAGGCAUUUAGUUGUAAACCGCUUUUCAGUGCUUAUUUUUAGGGCUCAUAUCUGAGUUCAUGCUUUAUAAGUAAAAGUGCUUUUUUCCCGCUUGAGAUUAUCCACAUUCACCCCCAAGGUGCCUGUGAAAGAUCAUUUAAUAACACUAAUAACAUUUAUUAGUUUCAUUUUUUUAUACCUAAUGAGAGGUGUUACACAUCUACUCCUUCAAUCUAAUUGAAAAAGAGGUGUUUAUACGCGCUGUGUCAGAUGGCUGUCGUAGUGCCUUAUUUACCUGUUGUGUUUGAGAGAGAAUUAUAGUGACCAAAGGAUUGUGAAGAGGGAGAUCACUGUGUGGGAACAUAAUGGACCUGCCCACUCUGACUUGGGGUUUAAUGAAUUUAUGAACAAUUUAAAGCAGACUGGAUUACAGUUAACUAAACCAUAACAAGGAAAAUCACUGGGAAUCCUGCUUUGCGAAGGCUUUAGAUAGAUCCUGUGAUUUAUGCAUUUCCAGAGUUGUGUGUGUGGCUAAGUUAAGAUUUGUUACUAAAAAAAAA